AUCCUCUUCUUAAGCCAUCCUUCUCUCUUAAUAGCCAAAACCCUUCGUCCCUCUCGCACAUACAACUUCCGCCCUUAUCGCCGGUGAAGAAUAAUUUUAUUCUUUUACUUUUAUGCAUAAAGGUUCAGCUUAAUUUGGUGAUUACAGUGUGUAAUUUAUUGUGGAUUUAAUUUAACAAAUUAAAGAUGAAAGUGAAGAAACAGAAGCGCCAUAGGAAGACUGUGAGAUUCUUCACAGCUUGUUUUGGAUUCAGGCAGCCUUACAAAGUUAUUUGCGACGGUACAUUCGUGCAUCACCUCAUUGAAAAUGGCAUCACUCCGGCUGACCAAGCUCUUUCAAACACUCUUGCUGCUCCUGUUAAGCUCUUCACCACCAAGUGUGUUAUUGAGGAGUUGAAGAGACUGGGUCAGUCACAAUCUGAAGCUCUCGAGGCGGCGCAUAAGCUUACAGUUGCAAGAUGUGAUCAUGACAAGAGGAAGAGUGCUGAUGUUUGCAUCAUGGAUAUUAUUGGAGAAAAAAAUUCUGAGCAUUUCUUUGUUGCCACUCAGGAUGUUGAUCUGCGGAAGAAGUUACAGGAGGUUCCAGGUGUUCCACUUAUAUUUGGUUUGCGGAAUGCCCUUUUCCUUGAGCCCCCAUCUGCAUUUCAACGCCAAUUUGUCAAAGCUUCUGAAGAAGGUCGCUCUCAUAUGACUGAAUCAGAGUAUAAAAUGUUAAAAAAGAGAGCUAAGAACUUGUUGGAAACUGAGCAAACUAGGGAUUCAUCUAAUGAAAAUGAAGAUUUAGAAGAUCAGAAGUUAGAGAUGCAGACAGUGGAACGGAAACAUAAUACAACAAAGGGAUUGGGUGUGAAGGAUAGACCGCAAUUUAAGAGAAAGAAAGCUAAGGGUCCAAAUCCACUUUCAUGUAAGAAGAAAAAGAGUAGUCAUAAUCAAAGUAGGGUAUCUGGAAAGGGAAGUGAAGAGGGGAAUGAUACUGUGAGAAGUAGGAGCAGGAAACGAAAGAGGUCACGUGUGGGCAAAAACGCUGUGCAGACAGAAAGCUAAUGAUCGUCAUUGGCAAGCUUGAAGAGGAUCAAGAUUUUGUCUUGGUGAAGCUAAGUGUUCAGUGAGUGUUUAACUUUUGUAAAACUAUAUGUCAUUAUAAUUGUGGUAUCUUACUGGGUGAGAUUUUGGCAUUUUUCGUUGUUGUCUGAGAAUCGCAAAUUUAGACAUUUCCAAAAUUGAUUAAUAUGUUCAUAUCUUUAAUUGGAUUG